CUAUAUAACACACCUCUACCUCGUGAACCCUCUUUUGCAUACUUAGGCAUUCAUAUAAAAGCUGGUGGUUCUAUUGAUACUGCUGCUCUUAGUAAACAAAACACGGCUAAAGCGCGAUCUUCAAUGAACCAGAUAGCAGUUCUCGGUGUCAACUCAAAAGGUUUUUGCCGUCUCCUUUCAGUUCGUUUUUAUGUCCAGAUGAUCAGAUCACAACUGGAAUACGGCCUUGCCAUCGCUGUUCUCAACGAUUCUCACCUUAAGCAACUAGAAGCCUGCCAAAAUGAAUGUUUUCGUCGCAUAUUUGGCGCCUCCCUGCGAUCCUCUACUAAAGUGAAGCUUCACAUGACCCACCAACCGUCGAUGAUGAACCGAUCCAUAAUACUCCAGACAAAAUACCUAGUACAAUCCAUGAAUUUACCUGUUGAUACUCUGCUCUCCAAAUUACUACUCCACUUGGAGACGUCUGCAAAUCACAUCACAAUGGUACAAGCUAACCAAGAACUCUUUAUGGAGAGAAUGCACCCGCAAUUUGGAUGA